CGCGGAGCGCGCGAGCGGCGGGGCGGGGCGACCUUUGCUCGGUCCCGGGGAGCCCCGGCGGCGCGGCGCGCUGUGGACGCCGCCCGGAGCCCGCCGCGCGCGCCAGCUUCCCCGCCGCCUCCGCUCGCAUCCCCCCGCCCCCGCCCCCGCCCCCGCCCUUCCCAGCCGGGCGGGCCGGGCCGCGAGCCGGUUUCGACUGGGCACGGCGGGCCGGGCGGGAGGCCGGAGCGGCAGGGGACGCGCGGCGGAGUGGGACGGUCCCGCGCCGGCUUGGGCGAAGGCGGCGGGGGCGCGGACCCCGGGAUGCGGACGCCCGUGGUGAUGACGCUGGGCCUGGUGCUCGCGCCCUGCGGGCUGCUGCUCAACCUGACGGCCACGCUGGCGCCCGGCUGGCGGCUGGUGAAGGGCUUCCUCAACCAGCCGGCGGACGUGGAGCUGUACCAGGGCCUGUGGGACAUGUGCCGCGAGCAGAGCAGCCGCGAGCGCCAGUGCCACCAGCCGGACGUGUGGGGCUACUUCGAGGCCGAGCCCGUGCGCGUGGCGCGGGCACUCAUGGUCACGGCGCUGGCCACCACGGCCCUGGGGCUGCUGCUGGCGUCGCUCGGCGUGCGCUGCUGGCGGGAGAAGCCGCGCUUCCCGCUGGCCGGCCUCUCGGGCCUCGUGCUCUUCGCCGCCGGCCUCCUCAGCCUCGUGCCCGUCUCCUGGUACAACCGCUUCUUGGCCGACCGCGCCGUCCUGCCCGCCGACGCCAGCCCGGUCACGGUGCACGUCAGCUACAGCCUGGUGCUGGGCUACCUGGGCAGCUGCUUGCUGCUGCUGGGCGGCUGCUCGCUGGCGCUCAGCUUGGCGCCCUGGUGCGAGGGGCGCUGCCGCCGCCGCCGCCGCAAGGAGCCCCCCGGCAGCCCGCGCCGCAGCAGCAUCAGCACGGUGCACGUCGACUGGCCCGAGCGCACGCUCCCGCCCGCCAUCAAGUACUACAGCGACGGCCAGCACCGGCCGCGGCCCGCCGAGCUCGGCGCCGCCCGCAAGCCCGAGGCCGGCUUCCCCAUGCCGCGGCCGCAGCCCCGCGCCUUCAGCAACCAGCUAGACGUGCUCCGCGGGGAGGACGCCCGCUCCGCCGGCGACUCCUUGGGCAGCACCGGGGCCUGCCACGCCUCGCUGCCCUGCGACUCCGACCUGUAGACGCCCCCCCCCGCCCCCCCCCCCCCCCCCUGCCAGGCCUGCUCUGGGCCCGUGAUGCGCGGACCAAGGACUCGCCCUACCGUGUCCAACCUUGAACUUGCCUGUUAUCUUGCGGCUGGAAAACACCUGACGCGGAGUCCGAAGCCGGGACGCGUUCCUGUAACUGGUUUGGAGGAGGGAUGAGGAUCCUCUUACGGAGUGACGGGCUUUUCAUACUCGAAGCUGAAAGAGAUCUAGAAAGGGCGCCUUUGCAUCGUGUUGACACGGGGCGAAAAGUCAAAAUCAGCAAAAGGAGGCUCAGAAACCAUGUUAACACCUUGAAACAGUAUCCGGAAACGCCAGCGAACCUUAUUACAUCAAUAUAAUGGUUUUUUCCGUUGUAUAAUUUAUUCUCCUGCAGGCUCUCAAGAGACCGAUAUACUGGCUAUGUUUGAUUGAAGCUCUUAAAAUAAACGUAGAGCCAUGCAAACACCAGCAGCUUCUGUGGC